AAGCACGGCUUUUUUUUGGUAUUCAUCAAUUUGAUGUUAAUUGGACUAAUAGUGCUAAGGUAGCCUGGGAAACUGAAUACCCGUUGCACAACUAAUACUGCUUGAAGGCACUUUACGUAAAUCCUAAAUGUUUUUGGUGUUUUAAGCUUUGUUAGUAAUUAAACUUAAAGUCGGCCAUGCAUCUUCAACGCCUGCCAUUUUUUAAUGGGAACUAUCCAUGAUCGAACAGCUGGAGAAGACACUUCAAUUACUUCACAAAAGUAGUCCAACUUUAACCACGUCUCUACAACUACAAACACUAUCGAAUCUUAAGGACGGAAAAUGGCCAUGUAUCAAGUCAAUAAAUCAAGAAACAUAACAGACACUUCUCCRUUGGAAGUCUCGGAAAUCAUCGAGGCAACGGGCAUGGCGAUAUUCGUGAUAUCUUCGUUAUUUCUGAACAUUUCUGUUUGCAGUGUCAUUUUAAAAAGUAAACUACUUCGACGGAGAACAACGAACAUUUUCAUUAUAAAUUUAGGCAUUUCKAACAUUCUCAUCACUUUGUUGAUCAUGCCAUUCAGCUGUAGAGCGGUAAUACUGCGAAGCUGGGAUUACGGAGGCAUAUUUUGCACGAUUAAUGGGAUGAUGAGUAUGACAUUGUUUGUAGCGUCCAUUACAACACUUUGCUGCAUCAGUGUAGAUCGAUAUUACGCCGUWGUCAAACCCGUCAAAUACAAAAAUGUCUUUACAGUCCGCAAAGCUGGAUUUAUGGUGGCCUCGUGCUGGUUCAUGUCGGUCUCCUGCGCGUCUCUGCCCGUAUUUGGCUGGACAAAAUACAUCUACCAUCCUGGAAGUAAUCAUUGCUCGCCUCAGUGGCACAAUCACUGYGGAUAYUACUUUUUCAUGACGUGUAUAGGUUUUGGGAUCCCUUUGGUAAUCUUGUUCUUAACGUACUGGAUGAUAUUCGCUGCUAUACGUAAACACGAACGUAGGUUUUCAACAUGGAAUGUGGUUGCUCCGCGGUCACCAUGUCGAAAURACAUCGACAAGCCAGUCAUUACCGUCGAUGCUGUGGAACGUGACUCAGUUUCAAUGCACGAAGGAAUGCUGGAGCUAAAUKCAAGGAACCUYCUUAGGGGAACGUUUCGAGGGCGRUCCCGUAGCAUAUGCUCGCCUGACGCCACCCCAAACUUGCAAAGGAAAAAUAAAUUAGGAGAAGACUUACUAAAAGUCCCGCGACAUUCAGAAAUCAAACGACAAAGCUCGYUGYUACAGUUUCGAGCCCUAACGCAGAUCAAAACACGACURAAAUCCCGUACAUUGACUAUCCCGCGGGAAUAUCGUAUAGCAAAGACGGGUCUCGGGUUGUUUCUAGUGUUCUUUAUAUCCUGGGGUCCACAUAUGAUUGUUAAUAAUUGUAGUAGCGAUUAUAUAACACCCCUAUGGGUAUAUCGAGUAUCGAUAUGGUUUGUKUACACCUCGUGUAUMCUAAACCCKGUGGUGUAUGCCUUCUCAAGCAAACAUAUCCGUGAUGCAUUUCGGGUUGCUCUUAAAUGUCGACGAGAAAGACGAAUUGCGGAUGCUUUUMACAUGCGAAGAAUGAGCGAAGGUACAAGCACAAAUCAUAUUACUUAAACAGACUAGUAGUUUAUUCUUCAGAAUUGACAUUAUCAUGAUUCAAGCUGUGAUUUAGUAAAAUUGAUAUAUAUAUUGGAUAGAGGCACUGGGAGAGUAMAGUUUCUUGCACAAUAUGAUCGCAAAGUGUGGGAAUCGAACCCAUGCCUGUAGACUUAUGAAAAUUUUUCAUGAAAAUAUCAUUUUUAAAAUUCAGAUUUACUUUUCAUGUUUGAACUCGCACACAAAAUUGAUUGUUAUGAAAAAUGAUGCAAAUAAAGUUAAAUAAAAAGAGAAUCAAACCCUAAA